AUGGCGGCAACUUUGGGUCGAGCUCGGAAUAGCUCGCUCUGCGAGCAGCAGGAAUCCGUAUUGAAAAUAUUUUCUAAAACGGAUCAAAGUCUAUAUGGGAGAAAAUUUAUCAAAAUCCCUUCGAUAAGAUCCCUGAAAUGCUGCUCUCUGAAGGUAUUUGCGUCGGAUUCUAUCCCUGAAGAUAAGAAGAAGAAGGCUCAAGCGCUCGACUUUAAGUGUGUUAUUGAAGAUUCUCCUGCUUCCGAGGAUUUGCAAUCACUUCCAAGGCCUCUUUCUAUCACCAAUUUGCCGAAUUUGCCUGACAAUGGCUCGUGCCUUCGUGUUGCGUACCAGGGAGUUCAAGGUGCCUACAGUGAAUCAGCGGCUGAAAAGGCGUACCCGAAUUGCGAAGCUGUUGCUUGUGAGCAAUUCGAAACUGCUUUCAAUGCUGUUGAAAAGUGGCUUGUUGAUAGAGCAGUUUUACCAAUUGAGAAUUCUCUUGGGGGGAGCAUCCAUCGAAAUUAUGAUCUCUUACUAAGACACAGGUUACAUAUUGUUGGGGAAGUAUACCUUACAAUCCGACAUUGUUUGCUCGCCAAUUAUGGUGUUAAAUUGGAAGAUCUAAAACGUGUGCUUAGCCAUCCACAAGCUCUUGCUCAAUGUGAGAACACACUAACAAAGUUGGGAGUCAUCAGAGAAGCUGUGGAUGAUACUGCUGGUGCUGCUCAGAAUAUUUUUGCCAACAAAUUCCAAGAUGUGGGGGCAGUUGCUAGCUCUAAAGCUGCAAAGAUCUACGGGUUGAAUGUUCUUGCUCAAGAUAUUCAGGAUUACGCUGACAAUGUUACACGGUUUUUGAUGCUUGCAAGAGAGCCCAUUGUUCCAAGCACUGACAGGCCAUUCAAGACAAGUAUAGUUUUCUCUAUCAAGGAGGGGCCUGGUAUUCUUGCCAAUGCGCUCGCUGUUUUUUCAAUGAGGAAUAUCAACCUCACAAAGAUUGAGAGCCGCCCCUUGCGUAAACAGCCCUUGCGUGUAUCUAAUGGCAGCGUCAAUGGAUGUACAACAUACUUUGACUGUCUUUUCUAUUUGGAUUUUGAAGCAUCAAUGGCUGACCAAAGGUCUCAAAAUGCCCUUAGGCAUCUAGAGGAGUUUGCUACAUUUCUACGAGUACUGGGGAGCUACCCAGCUGAUGCUAGCUUGACAUGAAUGCCCUUAAUUCUAUUCUGUAGAGGGGUGACCGUCUGACAAUACAAUUAAAAACCAAUGACUGCACUGAAGUUUCUUAAUGGCAAUUCAGAUUUUUUCCAGGUACUUUGGAUCAACCCAAGAGGUUGGAUAUGAGAAUCAACCCCUAUUUCUUUUU